CGACAUUUAGUUUCCGUAUCCCCUACGUCAAUCACCGAACAUCCAGCCAUGUAUAGAUUUCUUACACCCGUCUUGUUGGUGAUAGUUAUGGUGUUGGUUAUAACAGACAACCACGAUCACACCAGCCCGCAGCAAAUUGAAGAAGUUGCGGUAGUGGAGGAAGAGAGAAGCAGUUGCGACAACUCACAACCUCUUUUCCCAUCUAUCAACUCGGACGCAUCGAUAUGUCUCGACAUACUGACGGACCCUACAACAGGAAUCGCCUAUCAUCCUCCAGGUACACCGCCGGAAGGCUUCAUAGAAAAUCCCUCGAGGGCGCCUGGGCAGGGGGCAUCUUGGAUUAGGAUCUUUCCGAAUUCGAUAGGCGUGCUAGCCGCGUUAUCUAACAACAUCGAAACACAAAACUUGGGUGUGCGGGACGAAGAUCAGUGCUAUUACCACGGUGGCCACACGCGAUGCUCGUUAUCGGGGAUCUUCAUCUCGAUCGACAAAGACAACAACGUGAGUAUCCUGUCACUCGGCGAUGAGGACGAGCGCAGGCUCCAGACAACCCAGGUGUUUCGAUCCUACUUCGGCAGCCUUGGUGCUGAUACAUCUACCGAAGACUUUGAAACUCGAGUUCUUUUUUCAGAGCACGGGGAGGAUGUGCUUAAGCUUGAUCAAUCGAUGUCUCAGGUGCUGGAAACUCCAAUGUGGUCGACAACCGAUGACUAUGGUGGUUCCGGCUUCAAGACAACGUAUUCUAGCUCUGGAAUUUCUCAGACCGUAACAUCGUUUAAUUUGACUACCGGGGUGGAGGACAUGGUCAUGCGCUGGUAUCAGAGAAGCACCACGGCCGGCCAAAAGGAUGUUGAAUUUUCAACGACGACCUCCGAAACAUUCAACAUUGCAUUGACUGGACAAGACGUCGCGUGUGAGUGGACGUCUGGAGUGACUGUACUCGGAUGGGGCCUCGCCAACGCUUGUCCGGGAUACGUGAGCAAUCCGACAUGCGUUCUCAUCAGCAAUCUCCAUUGGUCAUGCAUUUGUGACCAGUCGGUCGAGACUCCGUUUGUGUGGGUCAAUUUUCACGAUACGAUAGCACAGCAGCAGUGAAAACAAAGAUACAAUCCCGGCAAAACAAGUAGGUCGAAAGAUUAAUCGUUUAGAAGUAGCACAUCAAUAGGUAUUCA